CUCAGUGGCGGAGCGCGGCGGCCGUGCGUGGCCAGGAGCGAUCGCCGAGGGCUGCGGCGCUGCCCGCACAGGACACAGGACGCCCGGCGACGGGCACCCGACGGCGUUGCCUCUGCUCGCCCCUCACUCCGGCCCGCGCCCUGCCGGCCACCCGCGCUCGGGAACCCGCGCAUCCCGGGCUCCCGAUGGCCCCCGUGGCCGGGGCGUCCCCGCGCCCGCUGCCUUGGGCAGCGCUGUUGCUCCUGGCGGCGCUGCUCCCUGUGGCCUCCUCUGCGGGGUCCCCAGUUGACCACCCACUGAAGCCGAGACACGUGAAACUGCUGUCCACUAAAAUGGGCCUGAAGGUCACAUGGGACCCACCCAAAGAUGCUACCAGUAGACCUGUGGAGCAUUACAACAUUGCCUAUGGGAAGUCACUGAAAAGUCUUAAGUACAUCAAGGUGAAUGCAGAGACAAACUCCUUCCUUAUUGAGGACGUGGAGCCGGGGGUGGUGUACUUUGUGCUGGUAACCGCAGAGAACCACAGUGGAGUCAGCCGCCCCGUUUACAGAGCCGAGAGCCCACCCGGAGGUGAAUGGAUCAAGACUGAUGGUUUUCCCAUUAAGGGUCCGGGACCAUUUAAUGAGACCGCCACAGAAAAGGAAGUGCCCAACAAGCCUGUACGUCUGCGCGUCCGAGCCUCAGACGACAGGCUGUCCGUUGCAUGGAAGGCGCCACGCCUGUCUGGAGCCAAGAGUCCACGCAGAUCUCGAGGUUUUCUUCUGGGCUAUGGGGAAAGUGGCCGGAAGAUGAAUUAUGUCCCACUGACCAGAGAUGAGAGGUCACAUGAAAUUAAAAAGCUCGCCUCUGAGUCGGUGUAUGUGGUCUCCCUGCAGUCCACCAACUCCCAGGGGCAGAGUCAGCCAGUCUAUAGGGCUGCCCUCACAAAACGCAAGAAUUCAGAAGACAGUGAGCUGGACCUACCUGAAGAUAUCAGUGUCCGGGUCAUCUCAUCCCAGUCUGUGCUCGUGGCCUGGGUGGAUCCUCUCGUGGAAAAGCAGAAGAGAGUUGCCGCAUCCAGACAGUACACUGUACGCUACCGAGAGAAGGGGGAGUCGGCCAGGUGGGAUUACAAGCAAGUGUCUAACAGGCGUGCACUGGUGGACAGCCUGCUCCCAGACACUGUGUAUGAGUUCGCAGUCCGGAUUUCACAAGGCGAACGAGACGGCAAGUGGAGUGCAUCCAUCUUCCAGAGAACGCCGGAAUCUGCUCCCACCAUAGCGCCUGAGAACCUGAAGGUCUGGCCAGUCAGCGGCAAGCCCACAGCUGUCACUGUGUCCUGGGACGCACUGCCAGAGACUGAGGGGAGAGUGAAAGAAUACAUUCUCUCAUAUGCCCCGGCUCUCAAGCCAUUUGGAGCAAAGUCCCUCACCUUCUCUGGACACACUACUUCUGCCAUGGUGGAUGGUCUGCAGCCUGGGGAACGCUAUCUGUUCAAAAUCCGGGCCACAAACCGGAGAGGCCAGGGGCCCCACUCCAAAGCCUUCAUUGUCACUGUGCCAACAACCGGUUCCACGGAGGCCAAGGCACACCAGGAUGGGGGAAACAGCUGGAAACCUGAGAGACCUCAGCCUUCUUCCCUGGCUCCCAAAGCCACUACUUCUUCAGAACACACCUCCCCAGCCAAAAAUGCCAAGGAUGUCCUCCUUGACUUAAAGAACAAAAUCCUGGCUAAUGGCGGGCCGCCCAGGAAACCCCAGCUUCACUCUAAAAUGGGAGCGCUGGAUCCCCAGGAAGUCACUGGUGAAGAGGAACUGGACUCCCUUGAAGAUCCUCGUCCGCCACGAUCGGAGACCCUAGACCAGAGGCGACCGCUGAGGAUACCGAGUAGAUCUGGUCAUUGGGUUCCAGCUCCUGGCAGGACUCCAGCAAGGGCUGGCCUGCCAGUGCUGCCCCGCAAGGAAGGGAUGGAUAGGCGGGGUCCCUCCAUGGCUCCCCACCCUCGUCCAGGGGCUGAGCCUUCAGUGACGGCCUCUUCUACGCCUCCCAUCACAGACAAUGAUUCUGUGAACCAAAAUGAAGAUGAUCAAGGAGGCUCGCCUGAUGCUACAGCUGCUUCUUCCCAGUCACCUAAUAAUCCAGUCGGGUCCAAACCCACCCCGACCCCUAGCCGCCAUGUGGCUUCCAACAUGCUCAGGGACAAAAGUCGCCUGCUCCCAGGUGCAAAAGCUGAGUCAUCGGCUUCUCGGAAUUCCCAUUCCUCAACCAGCGAGGAGGACUCCAGUGCCGCAGCCCCGCCCUCAGGGCAUUUCCCCCUGCACAGAGGGUCCUCCCGACCACACUCCAGAUCCCAGCUUUCUAGGGGCUGGAAGGACCGCCAGGGCGUCCCUGCCUCUGGUUCCCACAUGCUUUCCCGGACGACCGUGUCACCCACUGUCUCUUCUCACCCCCUUUCCCUGACAGGAGGCUUGGAGGAGGAGGGCACUUCUGAUGGUGGGGGAGUUGGUGACAGAGACGCAGGAGACACCAGAAGGCAGGCUGAGGCCACCGCUCACACCCAACAGACCCGGCCUGCCUUGGGACACUUCAGCUUGACACGGAAUAAGCCCUUCGCUACCCACAGCAGAACUCCAAACAGAUCCCCCAGGGUCCGGGGACUGAGGCCGCAGCCCUCUGUGUCUCCUCAGGCUACUUCAGCUUCGAAAGUCCUCAGCAGGACUCCUUCCCAGACGGCGUCCCACGCCAGGCCUGGCUCCGAUGUCUACGGAGAUGGCGAGGAUGAAGAGCCUCUUCCAGCCACUGUGGUCACCGAUCCUACACCUUCCUCCUCCAGGCACCCAGCCUCUGGGGGCUGGGACACCCUGAGAAGAGGCCCCCAGAGAGGAGCCAGCUUGUAUAGGAAGGAGCCCAUUCCAGAAAACCCCAAGACUGCUGGAGCAGAUGUACAUCCUGGGCGCAAAUCCCCUGUGUCCUCCAAGACACAGGACUUGCAGCAGAGUACCCACGAGGAUGCUCACCGAACAUCCCCAGGGUCCUCCAGCCGCCAGUUGUCCCCUGCUCGGCUUCCAGCAUCGAGAUCGCAGGCCUUCCCUGGGUCCACUGUCCCCAGAAGACUGGCACCUGGCCGCAGCUCAGAGGUUUCUAGUUCUCAGAGUACCGACAAUGACAGGUCACUUUCCCAACCCAAGCUGUUGCUUGAUCGCACAGGGCAUGGCCGCUCACACACACUCAACUCCCGUGGGAUGCUCCCCUCGGCUUCCCAGAGUCAGGAUGAGGAUUCCCAGAGCAGCUAUGAAGACAACAGCUCUGAAAUGGAGGCCCCGGAUUCCCGGGCUCUCACCCACUCAGCUCGUGCCAAGGACGCCACUCUUUCCGCUUUCAGAUUUCGGCAGGCGGGCUCCCAGCUGGGGAACGGUGAUAACAACCCUCAGCCCAGCCACGUGAGACCCAGGGGGCCUGGCAGCCCCUAUCACCAGGCUCAGGUUUCCAGCAGGGCUGGGGUCCAGACCACACCAGUGAAGAAGAUCUCGCCUUCCAAGCUACCACCUGAAUCUCAGCAGUCAGUCUUCACUGAGGAGGAUGAAGAGGAAGAGGAAAAGGAAGGAAUUGUAAAAGGCAAGGAAGACUCUCUGACUACCUCAAUUUCAAAGUGGCCUCCUUCCUCCCCCCACAGGAAUAACAAAUAUGCAGACAGAAACUUUGACAAGGACAGGGCUGCCGCUGGGCUGGCUCCCCAAGGAGGGAGCCUUGUGCAGGAAGAGAACACCGGAAGGCGACUCCCAGGCAGUCCUCCAGUGGCCUCGCACCCACCUCUCCGGUACCAGCCUCGAACCCCUGCCACUGCAAGUCCCACCACCGGCACCCACUCCUGGCCAAGGUAUACCACCCGCGCCCCUCCCAGCUACUCCUCCACCACGCCCAUGCUUUCCUUGCGCCAACGGAUGCAGCGGAGAUUCCGGACCCCGGUCUCGCGCCAGCCCCCCUCGAGACCCGUGCUCGCACAAGGCUAUAAUGGAAGACCAAAUGUAGAAGAGAACAUACCUCCUGGUAGUAUUGGAAAACCGAAUGGACAGAGAAUUAUAAAUGGUCCUCAAGGAACAAAGUGGGUUGUGGACCUGGAUCGUGGGUUGGUCUUCAAUGCCGAAGGGAGAUAUCUCCAAGACUCACAUGGCAAUCCUCUCCGGGUGAGACUCGGGGGAGAUGGUCGCACCAUUGUGGAUCUGGGAGGAACUCCUAUGGUGAGUCCCGAUGGCCUCCCUCUCUUUGGGCAGGGGAGACAUGGCAAACCUCUGGCCAGUGCCCAGGAUAAACCCAUCUUGAGUCUUGGAGGGAAGCCCUUGGUGGGUUUGGAGGUCAUCAAAACAACCACCACCGUGCCUACCACCACCACCACCCUUCAACCCCAAACGACCACCACCACCCUUCAACCCCAAACGACCACCACCACCCGCCGGACCACCACCACCACCACCCGCCGCACAACCACCACCAGACGUCCCACGACUACAAUCCGAGCUACCCGGAGGACAACUACCACUACCACCACCCCGGAACCUACCACCCCUUCUCCUACCUGUCCCCCAGGGACCCUGGAACAUCAGGAUGAAGCCGGCAACCUUAUAAUGGGCUCAAAUGGGAUCCCAGAGUGCUACCCUGAGGAAGAUGACUUCUCGGGGCUGGAGGCUGACACAGCAGCACCCAUAGAGGAGGACUAUGCCGUGUAUGAUGACGAUUAUGGGUUGGAGGUCACGAGGCCACCGACCACCGUCAUACCUUCCACCACUGCUGCCACACCAAAGGUCAUCCCAGAGCAAGGCACGGUCAGCUCCUUCCCAGAGGAAGAAUUUGAUCUGGCUGGAAAGAAACGAUUUAUUGCUCCUUAUGUGACAUACCUCAGCAAAGACCCAUCGGCCCCAUGUUCCCUGACUGAUGCUCUGGAUCACUUCCAAGUGGAGAGCCUGGAUGAACUCAUUCCGAAUGACCUGACGAAGAAUGACCUCCCUCCUCAGCACGCGCCCCGCAACAUCACCGUGGUUGCCAUGGAAGGCUGCCACUCAUUUGUCAUUGUGGACUGGAACAAGGCCAUCCCCGGAGAUGUGGUCACAGGAUACCUGGUCUACAGUGCCUCUUACGAGGACUUCAUCAGGAACAAGUGGUCAACUCAGACUUCAUCAGUGACACACCUGCCCAUUGAGAACCUGAAGCCAAACACAAGAUACUACUUCAAAGUUCAAGCCAAAAACCCUCACGGCUAUGGACCUGUCAGCCCUUCGGUCUCGUUUGUUACAGAAUCGGACAAUCCUCUGCUCGUUGUGAGGCCACCAGGUGGUGAGCCCAUCUGGAUCCCAUUUGCUUUCAAGCACGACCCUGGCUACACUGACUGCCACGGCCGGCAGUACGUGAAGCGGACAUGGUACAAAAAGUUUGUGGGAGUCGUUCUCUGUAACUCACUGAGGUAUAAGAUCUACCUCAGUGACAACCUCAAAGACACAUUCUACAGCAUUGGAGACAGCUGGGGAAGAGGUGAAGACCACUGUCAGUUUGUGGAUUCACACCUGGAUGGAAGAACAGGGCCUCAGUCUUAUGUAGAAGCCCUCCCCACCAUUCAAGGCUACUAUCGGCAGUACCGCCAGGAGCCUGUCAGCUUUGGCAACAUUGGUUUUGGAACCCCCUACUACUAUGUGGGCUGGUACGAGUGUGGAGUCUCCAUUCCAGGAAAGUGGUGACCGCAGGGUCAGCUCGCUGCAAGUCUACCCUCCAGGUCUGCUUGACUAACUUGCACUAGGGACUGUGGGCGAGAGAAAGACAGUGUUCCAAGCCCGCUGCCCCAGGGUAUCAGGAGGCCACAGGGUAGACACAGGGCAUUUGGUCCUCUUCAGUUGGAAUUUGGCCACAUUUCUUGGUCUGGACUAUAAAUAGAAUUCAGUUUUGCUGAAACUUCACUUCUCCGCGCUUUGUUUAUUUGUAAUCACACGUUCUGGAGACGUCAAGCUAGCGGCGGAUCCAGUGUGACUUCCAGACUCUUCCAGCACAAAAUUUGGACACUCCAGGAUCUCCAAGGAACAGCACUGGCAUGCUGUGUUUACUUCUCAGAAUGCCCUCUGCUUUUCUCGUCUUCCAAUCAGCUGAGUUUAAGCCUCACACCUGUCCGUAUGAAGUAGACUCUAAUUGCUGACAUUACCAAAGGAAACACAUUCUCUUUGAGAUUUGUACGAAAGACUUAUCUACCACUGGGCUAAGUGCAUCAAAUCUUAUCUGUAAAUUCUCAAUUUUGAUAUAUAUGUGUGUGUAUAUAUGCAUAUACAUACCUACACUCAUCGAGAAUACUGAUUAAAGUUGCUAAAUUUA